GCCAGUGCGUUGUCAGUCGAUCACGCUGUUGCGCGAAACACAUGGAGGCUCGCGGGCACCUCAGGCCGGUGCCGAACACCUCGCGUGGGACGGCGUCGGCGCCGGUGCACGCAACGACGUCGCUCGAAAUGCACCGAGAUGAACCCAACUGAAGAACCUGUGUCAAGUGGGUCUUGCGCCAUCCGGCUUUUUCUCGGCUUGCGGCUAUGCCGUCCUGUGCGUGAUUCUUCUGCGGUUUCAGCGACGUGCAAGGAGACACUCCACACGGCCGUACUUUGGCAUCCUGUCUUUGUGUCCGAAGCCCGACUUUCUCGUUCUUGCGCUGUUUUUGCGAUGUGACUACGCCCCGGCCGUCGCGUGAAAGAGGCAGCACGAUGAACUGACCGAUUCCUCGUCUCAAGUGCUUGACUGUGCUGCGUAUUUUCUGCACGGGUUCAACGGAGUGCUUUCGCAACUUUCUUAGGUCCGCCAACUGGUCAUAGUGACACGGAGCCAUCCCUUUCGUUUCUGACGGACCAUGCAGCUCCACGUGGAUCGCACCGCGUCCAGUGCCAUCCAGCACGCCGCCUUGUUCAACAAUCUCACCACUCGAUACCACCCAGCACUCUCCAACUCCAUCCAACCAGACGAUGGCUCGAGCAGCCUGCGCUUUUCACCGUCCGAGGCCAACCAGUCUCCACCGGAAGACGUGGAUCAACCUUCUUCAUUCAACUAUAUCAACCUGGAAGUGCACUACAUCCUCCUGCUUGCCAUCAUGGUCUCAAGCGUUGCCGUAAAUGGCCUAGUGUUUGUGCUUUUCUACCAAAGACCCUCGGUUCGCAUGACGUCCAACAAAUUCGUCCUGAACAUGGCGAUUGUGCAUCUACUACAGACGUUCCUCAUCCUUCCCUUCGUAUUCGUGUCCGCCAUGUUUCAAGAGUGGAUUUUUGGGGACAUCUGGUGUAAAAUUCACGGCGCUGUCUCCGUGUGCCUCACCAUGGCCAAUGUCUUCUCCAUUCUCCUUAUCGCCGUUGAUCGUAACUGCGCUGUCAACAGUCCACUCCACUACUCCAUGACGAUCACCAAAAAAAGGACCAGCGGUCUCAUCUUAUCUAUGUGGUUUUUCGCUGUCCUCUUAUCCAUUCCACCCCUGAUCGGGGUGUCGGACAUCAAGUACCAAGAAACCUGGUCUAUGUGUACUGUGACCUGGUACGAGACGGACCUUCUCACCAUUGCGUACUCCUGCGUGCUGUGCGUCGUCGGGUUCUUGCUGCCUUUUGUGAGGAUUGCGUGGAUCUACACGUCUAUGUUCAGAGCAGCGCGACGGAACAGUGCCCGCGCCAGACUUCACAACAUCAACACCAGCAGCGCGGAAAUGAGUCCUCCUCCUUCAGCCGGACCUGACGGUCAUCCUUCAUUGUACCUUCAUCGAAGGAUGGCCUGGUCUAAACGCACGUCUUCGCUUAGUCAGGCGUCCUCCUUUUUCGGAGAUGAGUGGAAAGCGGUGCGGACUGGACUUCUCGUUGUAAUCUCCUUCACGGCUUGUUUCUUGCCUUUCUUCUCGAUGAUUCUCAUCGAACCUCACAAAAAAACACGCAAAACUGCGCUGAAAAAACUUCCCGCUAUCGCCAUGUUAUUUCUUUUCUGUUCUUCUCUCAUCAGCCCUUACCUUUACGUGAUUAGAAACAAGGCGACCCGCAAACAUGUCCGCAAGAUGUUUACCUGCCUACGUCGAAAACCAAGUUUUUUCUCCCAGAGAGGUUACCACCACAGUAACCAGAGCCCGCAUCAAGAGCGCAAGUGCUCGGCCGAGAACAUGAUAGUUCCUGGGAGCACCGCUUCAAUUCGUUCAGCAGCAAGCGUAGACUUUGAGAGGCCUCUCGUGACUCACUCGCUCUAUCAAAAUAAGUCGGGAGAUUGGAAGAUUGUCAGCGUCACAAGCGACCCAAGACGCUCAUUGCCCUCUCAUAGCUCCAAUGUCGGAAGCAUCCUCCUGCAGCAGCCGCUACGCGUGGACGAUGCUAUGCAGCAACCGUACUAUCAACAUAAAUGUGGGCCGGGUCUCCGUGGAGCAGCACUCCGGAACGGAUUCUAUCGGCGAGCGUCGUUAGAUAGUUCAAAAAUGUUUACUACUCGUUUUCCUAGUGCCAUAGAACGCGAUCCCGACAUGCAUUCUGUUCGGGCCACCAGUGCAGGUGACAGAAGCAUGUCAUUCCGCGUCCGAGGCCGCUUCGCCAACAGAGAGGAGUCAACAGAGACGUGCAACACGUCCUGCAGCAGCAGCUACGGCCAGGAUGAAUGGGGUCGCCACUUUCUAGACCAGUCUCAGCGUCGCAACAGCGCUGCCAGACGCGAGUCCCACGGCAGUGCGUCCGCCAUGGUCGUCAACGAAACGCAUCCGCUGCCAGGGAUCGCCCAAGUCCACCACUACAGUGGAAUCAACGCCCCAGUGGCUACUACUAACUACUGCUGCCGGCCUGUACUCAAACGCGGCAGGUCGUUCGCCUUUGACGAGCAAGAACUAAGCAUUGCCUACCCUCCCCAAAGGAUAUCGCAGUCCGGUGGGCUACGCAAGUCCUACUUCGCAGGGACAAAAAACUCGCCAAAGCAUGGUUCCAGCGAGACGACCACCACAACGCUGGAGUCCUCCACAUCCACAGAAUCUCAAGACGUGCCGACAAUGAUGUCCCCGCAUGCAACAUCGCCACCCUCAUCAUACCACUACCCUCAGCACUUCCUUCAUCACCACCAGACCCACGCGUCCGUACAUCCCAGCACCAUUACUCCUCUGCACCCUCACACAUUUGUGCCACAUGAGUGCCAGGAACGAAGGGACUCUGGCUUCGAAGACACUAUGCUGGGGAAAUGUGAUAUUUGUUAUACAAUCGUCGACGAAUCGGGUUCCAUCAAAGCUGUCAAAUUUAUAGAACAAUGAUGAAAGCUCAUAAGUAGAAAAGUACUAUGAAUUAUAAAAAAUAUGCAGGGGGCUAAACGACAACCCUUUUUUUUUACGCAGCACAAUAUGGGAUAAAGUUUUGAGAUAGCUUGCAGUUUGACCUGGGUGCACUGCUGCGCAAAACGGUUCAAUACUCUGAAAUAGUCUGAAGCACAAGACGCAUAUUUUUAUUUUCUACUCCUCGCCAUUUUAUGAAGUGUCUAGGGAAAACAUGGUGAUAUCAUCUUGCCAAAUGUAACUCUUUCUACGGUAUAUAAGAGCAGCUAUAUUUUUAAUGAAUAACUAAACGAGGCUCUUGAUUCUAUAGACGCUGAACAAGAGAAAGCUAUUUAUAGUGAAGGGUUGCUACGUGAUUUUACAUGUCUAUAUUGCGGGCACAUGAAACUAAUCAUUGACGGCUGCAGCGAUUCACAAGAUAUUUCCAUCAGGGUGCAAAAGGCCAUUAAACGAAGAUGAUGAUGGACAAUGAACACCAAUCCGUGAUGCGUGACAGUCAUUCGCGUUGUGCGCAGCAUGAACGGUGCCUCAAAUUGAAUUAACAUUGUAUGGUGUUUGUGUGUGUUUUUUUUAUGACGUGUGUUUCCAUUACUUUCUUGUUGAAUGUGUUUAUGAGGAUUUUACUUCUUAUAUUGCAAUUAUUUAACACAAUAAAGAUAAACCACGUUAAAGGUUAGCCUAAUUUGGUCACUUCGAACUGUUGCAAAUGAUCUGAUUUUAUCACCUCUCAACUUUUAAGACCUGAAUUCAAAGCUUUUGUUUAUCGUGGAGCAAAGAACAGUCAACUAAAAACUAUGUAGCUAAGCGUAUAAAGCGUUGUAGCAUUUCGCUUGUCUGUAAUUUAUAUAGUGCCUUUUUAAUUAAAUAAUUUAAGCGGAAAUAUUAUUAAUAAGCUAGUGCUAAAGUGUAUUCCACAAGGUGCUGUUAUUAUCCGAGUUGACUGAUUUAUCGCAAAGGUUAUGUUCGUGCACAUCCAGUUUUCUACAAGCACAUCGUCGUUCAAAUAUUUGUCGUGUGUUGCAUUCCAAGGUGUGUACGUGCCCUCCUAUGAAUUGUUUUUGUAGAUGCAGAUAUUUUUCUGUCUACUAGUUAAGUUUAAAUGUUGUUAGGUGUUGUUCGCUGCGUCGUUUCGGAAGUGCUACUUGCUUAUAUGUUUGAGUCUAACAAAGCCAUUGUGGCAGUGAGAGAAGGAGGGGGAAACCUAUGUACAGCUUUGUGCACGCCCAAGCACAAUGGGAUCGUUGGUGUUUCUUGGAUAUUUUUGCUGAUUGAGAUGGGUAUAUAUAUAUCCAUAAUUAGGCUCCUGGCUACAGUUUACUAUCCUAAUCUGCAUGGUUUGGACACGUUAUUCGUUAUUUUGAUAUGGUCGUGCAUAUUCUAUAAAAGGGGCCUAUAUGUAGGCUUCUUAACAAGAUCUUGAUAUGUAGACACUCUAGGCUAGGCAUUUUGUCGCUCCGAAGCAACAACUCAUUGUUUAAACGUGAAAUGUACGAGAUGAUAUAUAUAUAUAUAUAUAGGCCGUGCUGGCAACAAAUAUGCGAGAUAUGAAAUCAACGCUCUUUUUUGUGCUCCAUCGUGUCUCGAUCUAAACUAAUCGCAUUUAUAAUACUCGCAUUUUUGUAAACCAUAUAUCUAGUCCUGCCAUAUGAAUGAUACAAUUGCCCGAAAAUUCACACCGAAGGGGCCAAAUUUGCCAGUCACUGCCGAACUGUUAUUGAGCUUUAAUGUUUUACUUUUGUUACUCUCAAAUGAAAGCACUUCUGUGAAGACGAUCAAAGAGGUUUCCUUGUUCUCAUCAAAUUUAAGGAGCAAGUAUGAACUCAAUAUACUUUGCAUAGAAAAAGUAUAUAAUUAUAUUGCAUACACCAACCAUAAGAAGAGCUACAAUAUCUAGCCCAUCCAUUUUUGAUAACACCAGCUGACGACACCUCCGAAACGCCUAAAUCAAAAGGCAGCACAUUAUGCAAUUGUAUUAUCUAAAACAAGCUUCAUUAUUUUUUUUUACUUUUUUAACAUAGUACAAUUUGAGAAAAAAUUUCUUGUUUGAAAAAAACAAUGCUCGAAACGGCAAAUUGUUAAAAAAAAUUUAAGCAUUUCAAUAUGAUUGAAACCCACCUGUGAAUCGUUUUUCUCAGAGAAAUCAUAUAAUUCAACUUGUUAAAUGCCUUAAUAAGAAGUUAGUUACGUUGGCCUAUUUUUGCCUACGUUUGUUAUUCUGCUUAACAAAACUGUCGGUGAUUUAUCAAUUUUGUAUCUACCUCUCCUAGCUCUCUUCAAACAAGGUCAAUGAUUCCUGUCCAAGUGUUGAUUAAUAUAGUUUUACCAUUUUUAUUUAAUGCGUUGAUAAAAGAGCUUCCUACCAAAAGCGUAAGUUUGUAACAAAGUUGUCUUGAUGGCAUAGUCAUACAUUAUUGAGAAGUUUGAGACAAAGCUUUCCCAAUUAUGAACCGAAGUUGCCAUGGGAUGGAACCAUAUAUGAAACGAUGUGACUCAAUCAUGUUCUUGCGAAGUGAAAGAUAUAUGCUCUAUUCAAUUCUGAAGAGACAAUAAAUUAUUUGUUUUCAAACUUU